ACAGGACUGUUUUGAGGCCGUCGCCGGCGCCGGUUCAUUCUCCGGCACCGGGCCGUAGCAUGAGUAGCUUAAGCCGGCGCAUUCUUGGGCAUCAAGUUCCGGCAUAAAUUCAGGAACUUCCCACAAUCUCUCUAGAGAAAUUUUCGCCUGAAUUGAUGCUCGUUUUCCCUUUUGGCUUUGUCGUAAUAGAUACCGGUGAUUAAGUGAACAUGGAUACAAUAGAGUACCGACCAACGUCUCCGGUCCGGAAGACACAGAGAAGAACAACAAGGGCAUGCGAUGAUUGUCGCCGACUCAAGGAGAAAUGUAUCGGCUCUAUGCCCUGCGACAGAUGCAAAUACUUUGGCAGGCCUUGUCAAUUCAGCGAUAGGUUCAGAAGAAGCCGAGUUUCUCGGAUGGCGACACAAAUGAUCAAAGCACCUGCGGUGGAGGUAACGUCUGAGGAUGUCUCUGUAUACUUUGAGGCGGAACGUAUCCAGGCGCUAGAGCAUAUCGUGAGACAUUACACAGGGCUUGAGGAGUUCAGCAGAGAGAAGCUUGAGACCGUCAUCGCAGAUCUUUCGUCUGCGACAAAUGAAGAAGAUUUGGCGGAUGUGAUUGAGGUUGAUAUUGAGAAUGAUGAUAUGAGCAGUGAUGGAAGGGAUUGCGCGAGUGUAGAUACAGCAUCAACUGCCAACGUAGAGUUCUCUCAUCAUGAGUUUUCUCGCCGUGUACAGAAGAAGGUCAAAGAUGAGCUGACCGACUUUGAGUAUGAGGACUCAGGAGCAGACACAGCAGUCAGCGAUAAAGCAAACACUUCUCAGCUUCUCUCCCGAGACGCAGCAGUUCUUGAAGCGGUGCCCUUAUUCCCACCAGCUCCCUCUGCUCUGAUCCUCUUGCGAGUAUUCUUUGAAAUCGCCCAAACAAACUAUUUCUAUAUCGACGAGGAGACACUUCGACAACGCCUUGACCAGUUCUACUCUUGUCCUACCCGCGUGGGCAGUGAAGAUGCCCCUUGGGUCUCGGUCGCGUUGAUGGUCUUUGCACUCGGAACACAAUUCUCGCAUCUUUUUCAGUCUACUGCCAGAGGUUCAAAUCGAGAGCUCAUGAGAAAUGCCUAUGAUAUUUGUCAAACGAUGGAUGAUACUAUUGCAUCGACGUUUUAUCGAAAGGCCACAAACUUGAUCCCUGAUAUUCUAGCCAUGGGCUCGAUCGAAAGCGUACAAGCCUUUCUCCUGUUCGGUAUAUAUGUCCUUCCUAUUGACCCAGCUGGCUUGUCUUGUACCUAUUUCGGAAUUGCUAUCAAGGUGGCAACACAAUUCAAUCUUCACCAGAAGACUAUCCGGGAUCUAUCUCCCCGAGAAGUUGAGUUGCGGAAAAGAGUUUGGUGGACUGCUUAUGCUCUCGAGCGCCGAAUUUGCAUCUUACAUGGACGACCUGUCUCUAUCUCGAGACUAGAUAUUGAUGCUAAUCUACCAAUCGAUUUGGAAGAAAUGCAACCCAAGGAAAGAAUCAACACUUUUCAAAACAACAUGGCCAUGCUCAAGCUGACUAUCUUCAUGGAGGAUGCUCGAGAUGGAAUUCUGGCGUUAAAGAGCAAAGAUAAGGUGCAGAAAGUCAGAGCAUUUCAAAACAUCACCCAACUCAAGGCGAGACUUCGCAGUUACUGGCAAAGUCUCUCCGAGGAGACCUUUUGUCGAGAUCUGACGCCUGGUAAACCGCUAUUUCGAUCCAACAUACAUCUCUUCUUAACAUAUAAUCUGGUUCAUAUCCUGAUUGGUCGAUCAUUUAUCCUGGACGAGUUGAAUAUCAAUACCAAGGACACGCCGAGUGCAGAGUGGACGAAACUGCGAAAGGAACUAGUCAACGACUGUGUCGACAGUGCUGUUACAACUAUUCACCUAUGUCAGACUCUACACGACGAGAGUAGUCUUUCAAAAUCUUCUUAUACCGAGUUCAGUUCCUGCUGUGCUGCUGUUCUCGCUUUGGUAGCAAAAUGUGUCUCUGACAGGAGCAAUAGUUGCAAGGACGCCUGCAAGAAAGGGAUGGAAUUGCUGCGAGAAAUAUCAACCGGCGUCUUUUCAACAAGUGGUGAGAAACGCACAGUAGAAGGACUGGAGAUUGCCUUCGACAGACUGAACCACGCAAAGGGACGAGACAGUACUGGGAAGCUCGACGAGGAUGGAUAUCUUCAGUUUCGAAAUUGGGUAGCCAUGCAGCAGAUUGUUCCUGGAGAAUCUCUGCAGCUACCUCGGCAGGAAAACUCUAUGCUGGAUGUUUUUGGAGGGCCUUCGCUUGCGUAUCAGUGUUCUGGGAUGGCGGGGGUUUAUAAGAGUGGCUGCUCUUUGCCUGCGCGUACGGAAGUGAUUUCUUUGCCGGAUUUGGGAGAUUGGUUUGAUCAUGGGUUUGGGCAGCCGGUAGCUUGAUGAUAUAUGACUUACGAAUUAUGAUAUUAA